GGAGAUAGUCUGAAUCAUUUACGAAACAAUUAUUUGUAGACGAAUCAGCUGUCUUUCCUGAGACUAUUUACCGUCAUAUUGCUUAGAUCAAGAAAAAAAAUCAAGCAACCGUUGCUACCCCCGUUACAAUGGCGCAUCCUGCACCAUCCUCUGAUGUCAAAGAGGGCUCAGCUGCUCAAGGCCGAGCUUCUCGGACAGCCAGUUUCUCAAAUGCAUCUGAAGACUCACAAACUGCAGCAGAAUACAUUACCAAUCAACUCCGCCUUGAAGCAGAUGCUCGUGAGGCGCUUCCAUAUGCCUUUGAUACUUGUACAAAACCUCUUGGACCCUUGCGCCAAAGCAUCUUCUCCUGCCUGACCUGCAACCCACCUCUGUCACAAGAUUCGCAAAGCUACAGCCCCGCCGGCGUCUGUUACUCUUGCUCGAUAUCCUGUCAUGGAGAGCACGAGCUGGUCGAGUUAUUCUGCAAGCGCAACUUUGUUUGCGAUUGUGGCACCACGCGCAUUCCUGCUACAUCGCCUUGCUCACUUCGACUCAACUCGGCCACGGGCACCAAGGGUGGCGUGCAUUCUGAGGAGCCCGCCGCGGCUAAUGUUUACAAUAAGAAUUUCAAGAACAGAUUCUGCGGCUGCGGCGAAGAAUACGACGCUGAAAAGGAGAGGGGCACAAUGUUUCAAUGUCUUGGUCUAGGAUCAGAAAAGGAGGGUGGAUGUGGCGAGGACUGGUGGCAUCCUGAGUGCGUCCUGGGUUUAGAACGGCAGAAACCUGCCACGAAGGAGAUGCCUGCGGACGAAGCAACAACUGGAGAUGCAGAAAUCAAAUCGGAGAUUAAGAACGAGGCGAACGAGGCGAACGCGGAAGGCGAUGAGGAUGAUGCGCCUCUACCGCCUGGGUUCCCUGCCGAGGACGACUUCGAAUCCUUCAUUUGCUAUAAAUGCGUGGAAUCAAACCCCUGGAUCAAGCGUUAUGCUGGGAUGGCGGGAUUCCUUGGACCCGUCUUUAAAAAAGAUUCGCCAGUAGUAAAGGAUGAGCCAGGCCAAGAGCAGCAAUCAGCAGAUGUCAAGGCUUCUUCGUCUUCUUCCGAGGGCCAGGCAGCAACAGCAGACGAAGCGGUUUCGAAAAAACGCAAAGCAGAAGACCAAGACCCUGAAGUCGACUCUCAAUCUGCAAAGAAACCCAAGAACACAACAGAUGAUCAGUCCGAAAACCAACCCAAGCACAACCCCGAGAUUUCUUCUUCCACUUGCCGGUAUCAACAACUCCCAGCCGCGCCCACUGGAACUCUGUCUCUAUUCGUCAAGGAAGAUUUCCGCGACCAAUUCUGCCGCUGCAAAGAUUGUUUCCCCCAAUUGGCCAAAUUCCCUCAACUUCUCGAGGAGGAAGAUUCCUAUGAGCCUCCUCUAUCAGAAAGCGGCGACGGCGGCAACGGCAGCGCAGGCACAGGUAGUCUGCUUGAUCGCGGCGAAGCAGCGCUAAGCAAUAUGGAUCGCGUGCGCGCAAUCGAAGGAGUAAUGGUAUACAACCACCUCAAAGACAAAGUCAAGAGCUUCUUGCAACCGUUUGCAGAGAGCGGACAAGCUGUCGGAGCAGAGGAUAUCAAAAAAUAUUUUGAAAAACUCCGCGGUGAUACAGAGGCUAUCAAAGCGGCGGGCGGAGCAGCGCGCUCAAGCAGUAGUCGUGAUGGUGGUGACCAUGAUCCUGAUGGCGAGCAGCAAGGUGGUCGGAAGCAGCAAAGUGGCUACUAGUUUGUCUGGCCAGGUUACCAGAUUAUUUUGAUCAGGUUACUAGUCACGAAGGUUGUCGAUUGACGAGGUCAUUCUCUCUGGAGUUAUUAUCUCUAAGGUCACUAUGUCUGCGAAAGGAUCAAAAUCCUCGUAUCGCCUUGACUUUACUUGGACAUUUUAUUUUGCUUUUUAUUUUUUAUUUUUCCAAAAGGACGGGAGCAAGCUGCGAUU